UAGGAGGUGUCCGGCGGAGUUUGUGUGGCGGCCGCCGCGGGAACGUGAGCGCGGUAGUUUCUCAAGGGAGGAAGGCGGCUUCGCGGGGCUCGGUGGAGUGACAGCGAGCGUCAGCGGCCAUCUCCCGGCGCGAGAGGCGGCAUGGGGGACGAGCGAGGCCGGGAGCGUGGCGGUGACGCGGUGCAGCUGAAGACGCCGCGGCCGGAGUGUGAGGAGUCCCGGCCGCUGAGCUUGGAGAAAAAGCAACGAUGCAGACUUGAUGGCAAAGAGACAGAUGGAUCUAAGUUCAUGACCUCCAAUGGCAGUGACUUCAGUGACCCCAUUUACAAAGAGAUCGCAAUGACAAAUGGUUGUAUCAACAGGAUGAGUAAGGAGGAACUCAGAGCUAAACUUUCAGAAUUUAAGCUUGAAACAAGAGGAGUCAAGGAUGUUCUAAAGAAGAGACUGAAGAACUAUUACAAGAAGCAGAAGUUGAUGCUGAAAGAAAGCAACGCUGUGGACAGUUACUAUGACUAUAUUUGUAUUAUUGACUUUGAGGCUACUUGUGAAGAGGGGAACCCAGCUGAGUUCCUCCAUGAAAUUAUUGAGUUUCCUGUUGUUCUGUUGAAUACACACACCUUAGAAAUCGAAGAUACGUUUCAGCAGUAUGUGAGACCAGAGGUUAAUGCUCAGCUUUCAGAUUUCUGCGUUGGUCUUACUGGAAUUACUCAGGAUCAGGUAGACAGAGCCGAUGCUUUCCCUCAGGUCCUGAAAAAAGUAAUUGAGUGGAUGAAGUCAAAGGAGUUGGGAACUAAGUACAAAUACUGCAUAUUAACAGAUGGUUCCUGGGAUAUGAGUAAGUUCUUAAACAUCCAGUGCCAACUCAGCAGACUCAAGUACCCUUCUUUUGCUAAAAAGUGGAUCAAUAUUCGAAAGUCAUACGGAAACUUUUAUAAGGUUCCCAGAAGCCAGACCAAACUAACAAUAAUGCUUGAGAAAUUAGGAAUGGAUUACGAUGGGCGGCCUCACAGCGGCCUUGAUGACUCGAAGAACAUUGCUAGAAUAGCAGUUCGGAUGCUUCAGGAUGGAUGCGAACUUCGAAUCAAUGAAAAAAUACUUGGGGGACAGCUGAUGAGUGUGUCCUCGUCCUUACCAAUAGAGGGCGCUCCAGCUCCACAAAUGCCACAUAGUAGAAAGUAGCUGCAUUUUUGUCUGAUCAUUUGCUACGAAGGUAGCAGGUGAAUGAAUCUAAGCUAAUGCAACCUUCAAGCACCUUAAACACUUACGAUCUUACUACAGUUACAGAUGGGGAUGUAUGCAGACAUUUUGUGGGAGGACACCAAAUUCUCUGUCACCAGCACUUUUGAUACAAGCAGUAUUUAUUACCCACAGUAACCAGUCCCUGCUUAGAACUGAAUUUUAUAAUAUAAGGUGUCCAAGAUGUGUUCCUUUGCUUUUAAGAUGGAAGUUUUAUUGGUUCAUUCUUUGAACGUCAUGUCUUAUUGAUACUGAAAUUUAAAAUGAAUUUCUACAUUACCACCAUUAAAUUAAAUACAUUUUUUGAAAGUGUGAAAAGGAUUGAAAGGCACUAUUCGCCCAUUGAAUUUUAAGUAAAACAUGGUCCUUUUAAUUUAGUAACUUUGUAGGUGACGUUAAGGGGUUAUCAGUGAGGGGUUUCUUCCAGGAAUGGUGUGUAUAGGGUGCCAGAUUCUACAGGUGUUCAACUUCUGUACUUUAAAUGGCAUAAUGUUUAUAUAUAGCCUACAUAUAUUCUCCCAUAUAUUUUAAUGAUCUCUAGAUAGCUUAUACUUAAUAAACUUUAAUCUUUUAGAGAAUAAUAACAAGAAAAAAGUCUGCAAGUUGAUGUAGACACAACUAUAGUGGGCCUUGCUACAUAGCACAUGAGUAAGUUGCUCAGCCAGCACAAGCUGGACAGAAACCAAGAUCUGAGACAGAGGCAACAGCAGCUGUCCCCCUGUGUCACUUCACUCUGGUCCACUCAGCAAAGUGUUUGCUGAGCAGCAAAUUCAGGUGUAUCUUUUUUAAACAUUUUCUGCACAUCUGCAUAUAUUCCUAUAUUCAAGCCAGGUAGUUGUUUCUAAAGGUGCCUACCUUGACAGCCUGAGUUUGAGCCUCAGAACAUACAUGAUAGACAGAGAGAAUCAACCGAAGGAUGUCCCCUGACCCUCAACAUGCACACCGUUGGAAUUGCACCCACAUAUACACACGUGUCUCCAAAACAAGUAAGCAAAAUGUAAUAAAUUACUGGGACCUGUUUCAUCUCAUACCUGGAAACCAUGUAAUAGGUCAUAGGAUUUAGUUAAAAAUCUAGUUACUGGAGGCUGGGAGUUGGCUCAGUGGUUAAGAGCACUUGCUGCUCCUUUAGAAAACCCAGCUUCAAUUCCCAGAACCCACACGGUGGCUCACAGCCCAAGUUUCAGAGAAUC